CUCCCUAACUCUGCCAGCACCGACAGGCAGUGUUGCUGACUCUACUGGGGUCUGAUCCAGGCGGGUCUCUUCUUCCUCCGUCAGUUUCUUCUUCCUCCUUCAGCACAACACAUGGGAUCCGUGAGCCCCAAGCCAGGGGUCUGAGCAGAGGGCUUCUCCAGCCUAGCCUGACAUGAGGGGAAGGCGAUGCGCUCAGCCGGGCUGCCGUCAGUGGGCUUUAUGGAGCUCCAGCUGAAGGGGGGUGGUCCCCUGGUGGUCCCGGCGAAAACCAUCUACAGCACCGUCCAGCAGCAGGACUACUCUGCAGGCGUAUGGCUCCGCAGGAAAGAGAAAAAACUGGAGCAUUCUCAGCAGAAAUGCAUCGUAAUCUUUGCUUUGGUGUGCUGUUUCGCUGUCCUGGUGGCCUUGAUCUUCUCGGCGGUGGAUGUCUGGGGAGAGGAUGAAGACGGUAUAACAGAAGAGAACUGUAACAAGAACUGCAGGGUAGUGCUUGUGGAGAAUAUUCCAGAAGAUGUCACCUUCUCUGAGAAUGGUACGGCCCACCUCAACCUCUCUGCUGGGCUGCACAGCCUACUGGACCUGGCCGUGGCUGGUCGUUCUGUGGAGAUUGUGUCACCACAAUGGAACCUGAACUCAUCUGACACUGAAUCAAGCUUCCUACCAUCUUCUAGGCAGGGUCAGGCUUUGCUGCAAAGACUGCAGGGGCUGAAGAAGAAGGGAGUCAAUUUGAAGAUAGCUAGUGGAAUGAUCGACUCUGUAGAGCUCAAGAGCCUCUCUCGUCUGAGUGAGGUGCACUACAUUAACAUGACUGCCCUGACCAAAGGCUUCCUGCACUCUUCUUUCUGGGUGGUGGACAGGAAGCACAUCUACAUCGGCAGUGCCACCAUGGACUGGCGAUCACUGUCUACGAUGAAAGAACUGGGGAUCAUCAUCUACAACUGUAGUUGUCUGGCACUGGACCUGCACAGGGUAUUCAACCUCUACUGGCAGCUGCAGUAUAAGGACUUUGUACCGUCCAUCUGGUCCAAGAGGCUGAGUGCCCUGUGGAACAAAGAUGAAAACCUCCCACUUCUCUUCAACAACACCAAGGCUGAGGUCUUUCUCUCUAGCUCUCCAGAUGUCUUCUGCCCUAAAGACAGGACCAGAGACCUCGACGCCAUAUCCUAUGUGAUCCAAAAGGCCAAGAGGUUCAUCUAUAUAUCCAUUACAGACUACCUGCCUCUCACUAACAGGAAUUCUCACAGAUACUGGUCAGGUAUAGAUGGGAUGCUUCGGGAGGCCUUGAUCCUGAGAAACAUCAAAGUGCGUCUGUUAGUAAGCUGCUGGGAGCAGACACACCCCCUGACCUUUAACUUUGUGUGGUCCCUGAAGACCUUGUGUAUGGAGCUCCCUAACUGUUCACUGGAGGCUAAGUUCUUCAGCACCAGGGAGCAGAGAGAUGGCACGCUACAGGGAAUCAACCAUAACAGAUUCAUAGUGACAGACAGUGCUGUGUACAUAGGGAACUUUGACUGGGUGGGGAAUGAGUUUAUGUUCAACGCUGGAGCAGGCAUGGUGAUCAGUCAGGCAGAGGGGCUGAAGGAGAGGAACUCAACGUUGGUGGAACAGGUGAGGGCUGCGUUCCAGCGGGACUGGUAUUCACGCCACACCAUGAGCCUGCAGGCUAACAAGAUCCCAGUCUGCAACAAGCACCAGCUCAACCAACUGGCACAUCUCAAAAUCACUCAACCACCAGAGAGCAGUGGGAGUCAGGAGAGUCCCAAUGGCUCCUUCUGA